AUGCCUGAGAGCGUGACAAGCGCCCAGGGGGUGCCCGUACCAGCCCGAGAAGCUCUGCGCAUGUGCCUGCGAAGGUUGGCAUACCCAAACCGUUUGUACGAUCUCCAAGAGUACUUCGGAAGGCAUUACACAGUGAUAUACACCAUCACAAACAGGGUGAUGUUCCACAUUGAAAGAAACUUCGGCUUCCUUCUGGACGACCUGACUGUUCACAACUGGUUGACCCUCGCGAACCUGAAGGAGAUGAGCGAGGCACUCAAGUACCAGGCGCAGAUGUGCCCGAAUGGCCUAAUCUGCGAAAUGGACGGCCCAUACCCAGGAAGCAGGCACGAUGCUGGGACCCUUCGAGACAGCCAUCUUUAUGAAAAGCUGGAGGACCUGAACGGAAACCACCAGUUCGUGCUUUUUGGAGAUCCGGCAUAUCCCCUUCGCCCGCUCCUCAUGAAGCCCUACGGAGGUGCAAAAGUAACAAAAGAGCAGGAGGACUUCAAUGCAGCCAUGUGUACCGUUCGCCAGGCUGUCGAAUGGGGUUUCGGGAAAGUUAUUUCUGAAUUUGCUUUCCUAGAUUUCAAGAAAAAUCAGAAAAUACUGCUACAAGCAGUGCCUCGAAUGUACAGAGUAACCGUUCUCCUCACGAACCGCCAUGCCUGUAUAUAUGGUAACCAGGUCUCUUCGUAUUUAGGUGUGAAUCCACCCUGCCUUUUUGAUCACUUGAAACCGAUCAUUCAUUAG